CUGCUAGCUGCCCGGCACCGGCCCUCCCGCCGCGGCGACGAGCGAGGGGAAAGCGGAGGGAUUCCCGCAGAAGUGCUGCGUCCUGGGCGGCAGCUGAUGAAGAGAGUGCCCCAGAGCGCCAGAGCUGAAAGGGGUUAGAGAGGGCCCGGCAUGGGCCUCGAGUUACCUGCACCUUGGCUCCUGCUCUUCACCUGGCUCCCAAAAGGGUGCCUGUCCUUGUUGGUGACGGUCCAGCACACAGAGCGCUAUGUCACCCUGUUUGCCUCCGUCGUCCUCAAAUGUGACUACACCACCUCUGCCCAGCUCCAGGACGUGGUAGUGACUUGGCGCUUCAAGUCCUUCUGCAAGGAUCCCAUCUUUGACUACUACUCUGCGUCAUACCAGGCAGCUUUGUCCCUGGGCCAAGACCCUUCCAAUGACUGCAAUGACAGCCAGCGGGAGGUUCGCAUCGUGGCCCAGAGGCGGGGUCAGAAUGAGCCUGUGCUGGGGGUAGAUUACCGGCAGCGCAAGAUCACCAUCCAGAACCGAGCAGAUCUUGUGAUUAAUGAAGUGAUGUGGUGGGACCAUGGAGUGUAUUAUUGCACCAUUGAGGCUCCAGGGGACACAUCAGGUGACCCAGAUAAGGAGGUGAAGCUCAUUGUCCUGCACUGGCUGACAGUGAUCUUCAUCAUUCUGGGAGCCCUUCUCCUGCUCCUGCUGAUUGGAGUGUGCUGGUGCCAGUGCUGUCCUCAGUAUUGCUGCUGCUACAUCCGCUGCCCCUGCUGUCCCAACCGCUGCUGCUGCCCCGAGGAAGCCCUGGCCCGCCACCGCCACAUGAAGCAGGCUCAGGCCCUCGCCCCUCAGAUGAUGGAAAAACCCCUGUACUGGGGGGCAGACAGAAGCUCCCAGUUUUCAUCUUAUCCAAUGAACCAACUGCUGCAGCGAGAUUUAUCCCUGCGAUCCAGCCUCCCACAGAUGCCAAUGACCCAGGCCACCGCUCACCCUCCCAUCGCCAAUGGUGUCCUGGAGUAUUUGGAGAAAGAGUUGCGGAAUUUCAACCCAGCCCUACCCCUGCCCCCUGACCUCAAAGCCAUACCUGGCCAACCCUGCAGUAUGCUGUCCUCCCUGGGCUCAGAGGUCGUGGAACGCAGAAUCAUCCGCCUGCCCCCACUGAUCAGAGACCUGCCUUCUUCUCGGAGGACCAGCAACUCCUCCCGCCAGCCAUGGCUUCCCCCAGUUUCUCCUGGACCAUGGGAUCCGAGUGAGGAAAGAAGGCAGCACCACCUCUCUGAUUUCUACCAGGAGCUCCAGGACCGGGAGCCUAAGCGCUGGGCAUUGGAGCGAAGGGAGCAGGACCAACUUCGCGGAGGAAGGCACCGCAGCUCCAGGCUGAACACAUCACCCAUGCCCUGGUCAGACAGGGACAGCCUCAGUGAUGGCCCUUCAUCCAGCGAGGACCGCUGGCAGUGGCUCAACCACCUGCCUCUCCGGAGCCGCCACCCAGAGAGGCCCCGUAGGCCCAGCCCGCGGGAGAGCGCCCACAGGCACCAGAGGCGCAGGCACCGCAGCUACUCCCCUCCCCUGCCCUCAGGGCUCAGUUCUUGGAGCUCUGAGGAGGAGAAGGAGAGGCAACCCCGGAGCUGGGGGGCCCACCGCCACCGCCCCCACUCCCCAUCCUGGCCUGAGGAGAAGCCACCCAGCUACCGCUCACUGGAUGUCAUCCCAGGCAAGAAUAGCAGGAAAAAAGGGAAUGUGGAGAGGCCCUCGGAGAGAGACAGCUCCCAUAGUGGAAGGAGUGUGGUCAUUUAG